CCUCGAAAACGUUUAAAUAAAGUGUAAAUAGUUUAAACAGCUCUUAACCUAAUUUUCUUUAUAUAGUUUUAUUUUACUCGGCGAAAUGUCGUCAUCUAAACUAACUCGUUCUCUUUUCCUUCGACAUGACACUGUACACUGACUUUGACAUAUUCAUUUUCUUUCUGCUUUCAGACCAUGCCUUACUUGGUCAUGCCAUGGACACGGUUACUGUUGUUGAUGAAUUUGAAUGUCAGCUUAAAUGCAUCGAAAAUAAAAGUUGCAAGUCGGUUAAUGUUCAUCCAGAUGGCAACAAUGCACAACGACGCAUUUGUGAGCUAAACAACAAAACCAGACAGAUGAAGCAAAGAGAUUUUAAAUGGAAGAAAGGAUCUACAUACUAUGGCUCUGUUCAGGCCUCCUGCAUCGAUGUUUCCCGUCAGCAGAACAAACAAUCAAAGAGUGGAAAGUGUCAUCCAGGAUACAAGGGGAAACAAUGUGGAAAACCUAUAAAAGGUUUGUAUUCCAAUCAGCCUGCUCAUUCCUGUAAGGACAUCCGGGACUCAGGAGACUCCAAAGGAGACGGCGAGUACUGGAUCGACCCUGAGAAGAGUGGAAACCCUUUCAAGGUUUACUGUGACAUGACAACUGAUGGAGGAGGUUGGCUUCUUGUCUCCAACGUUGUCAUUGACAAUCCGUCAUCCCCAAAAAUGUCAGUAAAGACGUCAUACCGUGAAAUCAGCAGUUACCAUAACAACCAGACGUUUCUGACCAAGAGUGCCAUGAAUGAGCUCAGAACGCACCUGUCUUUCACUCAACUGAGAUUCCACUGCAGUAAACAACAGGGACGUACUUUCCACGUGACCACGGUCGCUAACAGCACUGGUGAAGCUGUAGUCCAGUACUUCAGCGGUCAGACGGACGUCCAGCCCGAUGCCUGUGGCUCGUUUGUUAGAAUGGAGAAUGACAACUCCGGAUUGGCAGCAGUUUGCCGCCAGUGGGGAUAUAAUGGUACGAGCCAUUACGUCGGCAAAUGGGGGUGGUAUGCUGUAAAUCAAGAUAGAUUGUACAACCAUGUGGCUUAUGUAGCAUAUUCAUAUCACUGGCUGCUGACUCCAGAUGGCUCAAGAUGGGAAUGUGACGACUAUCUCGUUGGAGUGUCUUCUGGUGAUUUCUGGAAAGUCUUUGUUCGUUAAGAUCCUGGUCCACUGAUCACUUGUAGCUGGACAAACGUUUUUAUCUAAUCUUCGAUACAUACAAAAAUAACAAUUUUAAGUUAAAUAGAGUUGUGCGAUUAGAAAUUUUGUUUCACGUUUAAGGACCUUUUAGACAGUUAUCAGCUCGCAUAGAACGUCUAUAAACACGGGAAAUAACACCAUCGUUAGCAAAUCGAAAAUGAAAAUCCGAUCGAAAAUCCAAUAAACGAUGUGCAGCUUAAUAAUAAAAUAAAACAAAACAUAAUUGUUUUAUGGACAAAUUAAAUGUUCAUCCUAGAGGGAUUUGCUAAAAACUCUAAAUAAACCAACUUUAGCUGAGCAGCGAGCUCGUAACAUCGCUGCCUCGAUUUUUAGAACAAUCAACGGUCCUAGCCCGCCUGCUUGCGUGACUUAAUACAACUUAGGAAUUCGUCUUAUAACUUGAGAGGUAAUAACAUUCUUAAUAUCCUUACGGUGUACACCACAAAGUACGGCCUUAAAUAAUGGCGAUAUUUUGGAUGCAAAUUAUAAAACAGUCUCCCGGACUUGAGCAGAUCCUCGACCAGCUAUAAAGCGUUUAGAACUACAUUAAAUGACGUGCACAUCAGCUGCCAUACAUGUGUGAACUAAUGUUAACAAUUUUUCCUUUUCAUAUCUUUUACUUGUAAACAGUUUUUGUCUGUACAGUUUAUAUACAUUUUAUAUUCUUAUACAUUUUUAGAUAUUUUAUAGUAGCUAGUUAUGUAAUCUCUGUUAGUUUAGUUUAAUAUUUAUUCCUAAAUGUACAUUUUUACUUUCUUAUUUUGUUUUCUUGGCGAACCUGUAAACUGGUGCAUCCUGUAGACUCUGCUUAUCAAGUCUAUGGUA